AUGAAACCAGAACCAGAAGCAGCCUUCCAAUCUCGUCCGAGACCAGAAGCAGCAGCCUCACAUUCCUUGUACCGGCGGCCGGCGAUGGGAACCUUCACCCCAUCCACCACCACCGCCUCCACCGUCACCACCACCACCGCCACCACCGAGUCCUCUUCCUCCACCGACACAACCACCGCCUCCCAGCUCCUCGAAAUCACAGUCAUCUCCGCCCAUAACCUCGCCCUUGGCGCCAAAUCCCUACGCACCUACGCCGUCGUCUGGGUUCACCCCGACCGGAAACUGACCACCCGCAUCGACGACCAGGGCCACACCACCCCAACCUGGAACGAGAAGUUCGUGUUCAGCGUCGAUAAUGACGAGCUGAAUUCCGAAACCUCCGCCGUGAUGGUGGAGAUCUACACAUCGUCCUGGUUCCGCGACAACCUCGUCGGCACCGUCCGGGUCCUCCUCACCGACCUGCUGCCGCCGUACGCCAGAGCCCAGGCCAACUCCGGCACCCGCUUCGUCGCCCUCCAGGUCCGCCGCGCUUCCGGCAGCCCGCAGGGAAUUCUGAACAUGGGCGUUUCCCUGGUCAACAGCACUAUGACGGACCUCAGUGCCUCCGCCGACCUCAAAAUGCGUAAGGAAGAUCUUGAGGAUGAAGAGAAGCGCCGACUCGAGGCCAAGAUCCAGCUAUGGCGCUCCAGAAGCGAGAAAAGCGAGCCCAACUACGACGAUUACCCGCCCAAAGGCGGAUCCAUGUGCAAUGGCACGGGCACCGGGUCCACCGUCAACGGAUCGGAGCUCAGCUCCUCCGACGUCGGACCAUCGGCGUCGAUCGUGGCCGCCGCGAUCGCUAAAGGGCUAUACCCGGAGAACGGGAUGGCGACGGGAAAGGCGUCGGUGCGGGUGCCAGUGCCGGCACCUUUGCCGGCGCCGAAGGCAGCGGAGGAUGCUGGUGACGGGGGGAGCUCGAUUCUGGAGGAUUUGACGGUGGAGGAGGCGGUGGCGAAGGGGUACAAAUCGAAGGCGGUGAGGUGGCGGGCGGAGCUGCCACCGGUGCAGAGACAGGGGUUAGAGAAGGCGGGAAGUGGCCGGCAUUCGCGGCGGCACUCCGACAACGGACUUUUCUCGUGCUUUGCCUACGGGAUCGAAUUCCACAUCGUUUGUGGAUCAAGUAGUAAAAACAACGGCGGCAACAGUGGUAGAUCGAGCAAGAAGAUCCCGGACCGAUCCAUUAAGCGUAGCCCUUCUGCUCACUAGCCCUAAUUAAUUAAUUAGGAUCUCAUCACGAUGAACCUAAUAUACAUACAUAUAUAUAUAUAUAUGGUACGCUGUGAAUAGUUUAAAUUAGGAGACGAAAAGGAAGCUGAUUUUCAAUCUCUUCGUACGUGUUCAUCUUAAUUACAUUUAACUAUAUUGAAUUCGUGUCUUUUCUUUCUCAUCAACUACUGUUAUUAAAAGACUAGCUAGCUAGUAUUUCAAAAAUUCAGUCACUCGGAUCUGCAAAAAACAUGAUAUUACAACUCGAAGAGAUAAUUACAUAUGCUUAUUAUACAUAUUAGGGUUGGUGGCUCUCUAGACUCUCGCUAAUUAAGGAGAAGAGAGAUUACAUUACAUGCUUAAUCGAUCAUUAGUAGUUAUUUACUCCAAAAUGGAAACCAGCUUUCGUGGAGUUUGGACUGGUAGGAGACCAUGUAAAUGAGGAAGAUGAGCAGAGCGGCAACACCCCAAGGCGAGCCGCCGGCCCGGUGGAGGGAGUCUCUCUCCGGCAAGGUGACGUUGAAGGGGACGAGGCGGGGGUCUUCGCUGGAGAGCAGGUGGACAAGGAGGAGCAGAAGCACGGGAACUACCAUGAGAAGGAUCUUGAGCUGAUCCAUGAGGUCUUCGAGCUUGGACUCGUAGUUGAUGUACCAAGUGAAGCCGAGGACGAAGAAGACGACGGCCAGGAAGAAGUAGAAUUGGAUUGGCAGCAGGGUGAAGUAGUGGAGAUAGUCGUAGAAGGUAGAGGACCUGUGAUAAUUCCUGUCCAUGGCUGGCUGGCUGGCUGGCUGGCUGACGAGGAGGAAGAGAGAGAGAGAGAGAGGUUUGAAAGGGUGUUUGGGAAGUAGGAAAAUGGGGGGAGA